AUGAUCAAUGUUUCUUAUUCAUCAUGCAUUUUUUUGAAACUCAUUGCAUGUUUUUCGUUGUUAGUUCCAAUUGCGACAGUUUUCUUACGUGGCGGCAGUAAUCGGGGCAAUUCCGAUUCAAGUAGCUCAUCAUCAGAGGAAGGUUAUUAUGGAGGAAAGAAGCAUCAUGGGGGGCAUCAUGGGGGACAUCAUGGAAACCGUCCGCCACCUCGCCCAACGCCAAAGCCUUGUGACGACGAUUGGCACGCAUUUUACAGACCGCAAGGAGUUUGGUGUGUCCGGAUAGUAGCAGCAACUCUGGACUAUAAUGGAGCUACGACGGCGUGUUCAAACCUCGGCGGUUCUCUUUCCGGUAUUCAGAGCAAUGAAGAACGCAUUUGGAUGGCCAAUAAAAGUAUGGAAAUAUUGACUGCAAAUGGACAAACGGACUCUGGAACGUGGCUCGGCGCGAGUUGUACUAUUCGUGGAUGUGUCUGGACAGACUGGAACACUGUUGGCACUGAAGGGAUGUUGUGGGCUCCUGGAGAGCCGGCUAAUCUCUACUUUUCCCCACCAUGCAUAUACAUCUACUCAUUAGCUGGUGCGACACUUUCACAGAAACCGCCAAAUUCCAAUGGAUUCAUUGAUGACUCGUAUUGCCGUGGGUAUAAGACAAUCAACUCCUAUGCAUGUGGAAAAGUUGGAUUAAGAAAUAAUUAA